AUGUCCUCGGCUGAGGCAGAUGACACGGACGAUGAGCUUGAUCCUUUUAUGCAGCUUGAAGAAGAUCUACGAAACAUCAAAUCUGUUAUUCAUGUGACGCGAGAGAAUAUUGAUGCGCUAAAUGCGAAGUUUGCAGACUUUCAACAACCUCCGGCGCUGUAUCUGGAGGAAUAUCAGGAGCUCACAUCAAAGCUGCACGAUCUCGAAAUCAAAGAGCAGGACCUGGUAGAUAAGAAGAUGCAGCUUCAAAAUGAAUCGUUAAGCGAACCUAGCGAGCCGCCCGAUCCAGAUCCCGAAGAACGGAUAGAAACCGAAAGCAUGUGUGGAACAUUGAGCAGGCAGUCGAAAAUGUUGCUUAGAGCCUUUUUGCCGAAUCAGCAGCGUACGUCAGUACAAGUAAUACCAGGGAUGCGACUGAAAGAUGCGCUGGCAAAAGCACUAAAACGUCGUAACCUGACGUGUGAGUUCUGCGAGGUUACUGCCGGAACUAAUGACUAUCCGAUUCCCUGGGAAACAGACGUAAGCGCAUUGAACUGUGAUGAGGUUUUCGUGCGCAUACUGGACAUCGGAUUUCCGACUUACAUUUCGCAUCAGUUCAUUCGGAAGACGUUUUUCUCACUUGCUUUCUGCGAGUGCUGUCGUCGGUUGCUGUUUACCGGUUUCUACUGUAAUCAGUGCAACUAUCGUUUUCAUCAGCGAUGCGUCGAUAAGGUGCCACCAAUCUGUAGUAAACGGCACAUGGACAGCACGUUUUAUCAUGUGUUACUGGCGAAUCCCGAAAGUACUGCAGGGAUCAUCAAUCCCGGUGCCGGAGCCGGAGGGUACGGUGCGAGCUUACGUCACCCGCGGUCACUAAAUCAGCAGGAUCGUUCAAACUCUGCUCCGAAUGUAUGCAUCAACAAUGUGAUAAAACCGUACUUUGGGACAGAUAGUCGACAUGCUAUAAGUAAUCGCCCGCUGCAGGCUCAAACAAACCAAGAGCAUUCCCAUUCCACGCAAGCAUCGCCCACGAAUACGCUCAAUCAUAGUAAAAGACCACGAGCCAGGUCGGCAGAUGAAAGCAAUAAAAACCUCUUGUCACCGCGAGAUUCGAAACAGACGGACGAAAAUUGGAACAUCCAAGCGGAAGAGAUUUUGAUAGGUCAACGCAUUGGGUCUGGUUCAUUCGGAACGGUGUACAAAGCGCACUGGCAUGGACCGGUUGCCGUAAAAACAUUGAACGUGAAAACUCCGAGCCCAGCGCAGUUGCAAGCAUUUAAAAACGAGGUAGCAAUGCUUAAGAAGACACGACACUGCAAUAUAUUGCUGUUCAUGGGAUGUGUGAGUAAGCCAUCGCUAGCUAUCGUUACCCAAUGGUGCGAAGGUAGCAGCUUGUAUAAGCACAUACACGUGAAUGAGACCAAGUUCAAGUUGAACACGCUGAUCGACAUCGCUCGGCAAGCUGCCCAAGGAAUGGAUUACCUUCAUGCAAAAAACAUUAUUCACCGUGAUCUGAAAUCGAAUAAUAUAUUCCUGCAUGAUGAUUUCUCGGUAAAAAUAGGCGAUUUCGGCCUAGCCACGGCCAAGGUACGAUGGUCGGGUUCGCAGCAAUCAAACCAACCGACUGGAAGUAUCCUCUGGAUGGCUCCGGAAGUGAUUCGAAUGAAGGAUCAGAAUCCGUACUCGUUCCAAAGUGAUGUAUAUGCGUUUGGUAUUGUGCUUUACGAAAUGUUGACCGAGCAGUUACCGUACAAUCACAUAAACAACAAAGAUCAGAUCCUAUUCAUGGUAGGCUGCGGUAAGCUGAGACCAGAUUCGACAAAAGUACGCUCAGACUGUCCCCAGGCGUUGAAGCGCUGUGUCGAGGACUGUAUAAAGUUUAAUCGCGAUGAAAGACCGCUUUUUCGACUUCUACUAAAUAUGUUGGAAAAUAUGCUACGAACCAUGCCGAAGUUUCACCGUAGUGCAAGCGAACCUAAUUUUACUCAGACGCAGCUACAAAAUGACGAUUUUUUGUAUAUGUGCUCCAGCCCCAAAACGCCGGUUAAUUUUCAUAAUUUCCAGUUCUACAACGGAGCAGGAAACUAUUAA